AUGAUUGCCUCACUCCCCAUCCCUCUCUCUGUCCUCUCUCCCGAUUGUCCUCUCACGCGUCCCGCUCGACGUGCACCCAAGCAACACGCACACGCACACACACACACACACACACACACACACACAAACGUACGCGCGCGCUUUAUUUUGGCUGGGCUCCACGCAGAGCGUCUGUCGGCCAUGUCCGUCAAGGUCGCCGUGCGGAGUCGCCCGAUGAGCGACCAUGAGCUGAAGGCAAAUGCGGAAGUCAUCGUCCGCAUGAACGGCAACGAAGUAGAGCUACGGGGCUCUGUUGACGGCUACGGCGGCAAGUUCCUGUACGACAGCGCACUCUGGUCGACCGGGCAGGUCGUGAACGGCUCCAGCAACACCGAGGCGUCGCAGGCGUACGUCUACGAUGCGAUCGGGGCGGAGCUGCUGGAGCACAUCAUGACCGGCUACAACGGCUGCAUAUUCGCCUACGGACAGACGGGAAGCGGAAAGACGUACUGCAUGAUGGGCCGUGACAAGGACGAUCCCGGGCUUAUCCCACGCAUUGCCCAGAGUCUGUUUGAGCAAUCCGUCGCGCUGCGCGAGCAGAACAUUGAAGUGUGCGUGGAGGUGUCCUACUACGAGAUCUACAAUGAGAAGGUACGAUGCCUACUGCGCCCCACCCAGGGCGGCUACGACGACACGCGGCUGCGUGUGCGAGAGCAUCCAAAGUAUGGCCCCUUUAUCGAGGGGCUUGCUAAGUUCGUGGUCAGCACGCCCUACGAGUUUCUGAAUUUGAUGAGGGACGGCAACAAGGUGCGAACCACCGCCUCAACAGCGAUGAACGCGACGAGCAGCCGCUCCCACGCCGUCUUCGCCAUCACGCUCACACAGAAGCAGCAGAAGGGCAACCUCAUCACGCAAAAGACGUCGCGGUUGAACCUGGUCGACCUUGCCGGCAGCGAGCGGGCGUCAAAAACGCUGGCGACCGGGAAGCUGCUGACGGAGGGUGCCACCAUAAACAAAUCGCUCACCUGCCUCGGUAAAGUCAUCAGCGCUCUCGCCGAGGCGGAAGAGUCGGGCAAGCGUCGCCACGUUCCCUACCGUGACUCAACGCUGACGUGGAUUCUGAAGGACAACCUCGGCGGCAACUCGAAGACGGUGAUGCUCGCCACUAUCAGCCCUUCGUCGCUGCAGUACGACGAGACGCUGAGCACGCUGCGCUACGCCGAGCGGGUCAAGAAGAUUGUGAACAAGGCAGUCGUAAACGAGACGAACAACAACGAGGUCAUCGCGGCACUGCAGAAGGAAAUUUGGACCCUCAAGAGCCAACUCGCGAACGCGUCGAUGAAUGAGCGGGAGCGGCUGCAGGAGGAGCUAGAGGCGAGCGAGGCCGUCAAGAAGGAGCUCACCUCGUCUCUGGGCGAGAAGCUGGCAUACACCAAGAGGCUGAUGGAGGAGCGCGAGGAGUACAUGCACCAGCUAGAGCUGAAGCUGAGCGCGCAGGCGGAGGAGAUUGAGAAGUUGCGCAGAGCCAACGAAGAGAAGGAACGGCGCAUCGAUGAGCUGCUGCAACGCAUUCACGGCCUAGCCGCUUCAGGCAGUCCGCCGGAUAGCGAAAAGGUGGAGCGGAUUCAAGAGCUUGUGGCAGCGCUGGAGCAGGAGCAACGCAUGGCCAAGACGCACAUGAAGGAAAAGCAGCAGCAGCAGCAACAGGCUACCUGCGCCGCGCUAGACAGCAGCGAAGACGACGCGGAGUCGCAUUCGCUCGCCGUAGCAAACCCAUCGCGGCGCCUCAACACGACGGCGUCAAACACCACCGCCACGCUGGCGGCGGUGCCAGGGGCAGAGUGGAGUGCCCCUGCUGUCGCAGACAUGGCAACGGAGCUGCCGGUCGCUGUGCGCGCCGCCAUUCAGAAGAGCCACUCCGGGUUUGUCGUCUACUCUGACCCGAAUGCCGACGACGUCGACCACGACCUUGUUCUGCAGUCUGGCUACGAGAGCGCGGACGAGGACUUGAUCUUGGACGAGGAAGUCGAGCUUGCCGCGCCUGCAGACUCUGACCUCGACGACAUUCUCACUGAGGACUCUGCUCUUGAACUGCCGCCGACAAGUGUGUUGGCGAGGGACGGCGACGCUGAUGAGCUGCUCGCUGACCCCGACAUCGUUCUCGACGAGUCGGUAAGCGAGGCGCCUGCUACGCCGGCCCCCGCUGCUGAGUCGUCAAGGGAAGCAGCGCCGGUGUACGACGCGUUCUCGGCACCGGCGUCGACGCCAUCUUCAAAGCUCGCCACAAAUGCAUCGACGGCGGGGGUCGCACUGGCGUCCUUGACAGCAGAUUCGACCCUGUCGGUGAAGCCGCGCGCUGCUCUAUCGGGAGGAUCACUGGUCGCAUCUCAAGCCUUGGCUGAGUCGCCUACGCCGCCGCCUGUAAGCGGGAAAGAGGCGCCUGCAUUGUCAAAUAUGCGAGGCUCGAUCAUCAGCGGGGCCCACGUGGUGCCUAAAGACUUCUUUGCGAAGUCGAGCGAGCGGCCCGAGAUCUACGCGCCGAAUGACCGCACUGCCCAGCUUGUCAUCAAAUCGCAUGCGCUGCCGAACAACCGCUACCUGCACGAGCCGUUUCGCGCGAUCAACCUGACCGAGGCCUCCCCGACGGGGCCGAAAACGCCAUGCGUCUGUGAGAUCGACAUGUUUCGUGGUCGCUUUCGAAACCUCGACACAGCCGGCGUCAAGUCCUUCGACCUAUUCAGCGUGAACCUCUUCCGAGUGGAGAAGGACCCUCGGCACUCACGACGGUUGACGCUGUACUUCCUCGACGCCCCACAUCGGUACGCGCUCGAGUUCGGCUCCACGGCGCGCCGCCAGCAGUUCUUCGAACUGGCAAUGCUGAUGCGGCGCAACUCCGUGCUGUGGUGCCCGUCUCUCUGCGUGGACGGCGAGAACGACGUCGUCAUCACCGUCAAAGGCACCACUCUGCAGCGGCCCGGCAACAGAGACAUCUCUGUCACUGGCGAGGUAAAGAUGACGGUGGCGCGUAUGCCGUAUGAGGUGAUCGACAUGUGGUACGGCUGCUUCUCGCUGGAGGGGAAGCCAUUGCCGCGCAGCGUGGCGGUGUUCAGCGGCUUCUUCCCAAAGGAUCAGCGCGAAAUCUAUGUCAUCGGCGUCAUCGACGUGCCAGCGUCGCUGCUUGGAAACGAUGAGCUGGCGGGCUACUUUCUUGCUUACAUUGGCGCCUCGACGUACGUUGUGCUCGCGAACACAGCCCUUUCGUCGGAUACGCACCACACCAGCAACGCCAUGCUGGUGCUCUGCAAGCGCUCCUUCAUUGUGCGAGUGGCAAACAUUCAGCUGCUGGAGGCCCUGUCGCUGCGGAAGGAAGGCGUGCAUCACGGCGACUUCACCGCCACGGGGUGUUCGCUGCGAAUCAACGAGUCCUCUCUAUGUGUAAUUCUGGUCAACGCGAAGCCUGGCGUCUACACCAUGCAGAGCCGGGCGGCGUGCAUUCGCUCGUUGCUGUCAAGCUUUCCCUUUGCGAAGACGUCGGUGGAUAUUUCCAUGCGGUUUGAUUACUUUAUCGUCUCGGGCGCCUUCAACUUCGGCGGCGACUUCACCUCCGAGGAUGCGCUCAUUCGAGAAAUCCUUGCCGACAACCUCAUGUCCAACAUGCGCGAGAUGGAACCCAGCCCAACCCUCUCCAGCGCGCCGUCGCCUCUUCGCAUCUUCUACGCUGUCCGUCCCAGCGUGUCACGCAUGGACAUGUCGGUCUACUCGACGUCGCGGGCGCUCAGGUUUGCCAAUGUGUUCUUCUCCGCCGACAUCUUUUGUCAACGCUCCUUCCUGAGCUUGUUCGCCAAAGGCUUGCCGCGCGUGCGGUUGCUCCUGAGCCGUCUGACAAUCAAGGGUGGGCGGCUCCCGCCCAUCCGGUGUGCGGAGCUGCAGGUGUCGCUGGAUGUCUUGGAGGGCUCCCCGGCCACGUUCCGGCUUUCCCCGCAGGACGGCGACUACGUUAUCCUGGACUCGACGGAGACGGCCCUUUACCCGUGUGUCAGCAACACCGAGUACCUCCGACUGCAGACACUGACGUUCUCUCUGCUGGACAGGAUUGGGUCGGCGGAGGCGCACAAGCACGUUGUGGUUGCUUCCGGCGUCUUUCCGCUGAAGUCGGUGGCCUUGGCUGAACCAGUGCUGCUGCACAUUCCACUCUACUACGAGGGGUGCGCCGUUGGCAAGCUGACAGCGGUGCUGCUGCAGGUCUACUAUGAGCGUAACAACGCCGAGUUGUGCGCUCUCGGCUUGCGUGACGCCCGGUAUGCCACCAUCUUCUCCUGCUACGAGAACGAAAUGCGUCGCGCCAGUGGUCAAUGGACCCCUGCCUCUAUCGUCCGCGACGGUGUCUUUCACUUUUCCGCUGAAGACCCGACCGAGUCACAGGAGCGUGAGGCGUGCUCUCUGCCGGACCCGCAUGCCUGGCGCUGGACGACGGAGUGGCAGCACGACCACCGUGAGGACGAUCAACAAGGAUGGGUGUAUGCAGACGGCGUCGGUGCAGACCUGCAGCUGAGCGCCACCGCAUCCACCAGCAUCCGUCGUCGUCGAUGGGUUCGCGUCAUGCAGGCAAGCGGACCCAUCGCCUACCAUUCGUACUUGGCUGAGAAGCUGAAGAUGGCGGCAGUGUGA